AUGUCUUUGGUAGCCAACGAAGAGUUCCAACACAUUCUUCGUGUGUUGAAUACCAACGUUGAUGGAAAGCAGAAGAUUAUGUUUGCUCUUACCUCAAUCAAAGGUAUUGGGAGAAGAUUCGCUAACAUUUGUUGCAAGAAAGCUGAUGUCGACAUGAACAAGAGGGCUGGUGAAUUGAGUGCUGCUGAGUUGGAGAAUGUUAUGACUGUGGUUGCCAACCCUAGGCAAUUUAAGAUCCCUGAUUGGUUUUUGAAUAGGAAGAAGGAUUAUAAGGAUGGUAAAUUUUCUCAGGUUGUGUCGAAUGGUACGGACAUGAAGUUGAGGGAUGAUUUGGAGCGAUUGAAGAAAAUCAGAAACCAUCGUGGUUUGAGGCACUACUGGGGUCUCCGUGUCCGUGGUCAGCAUACCAAGACUACUGGUCGCAGAGGAAAAACUGUUGGUGUCUCCAAGAAGCGAUAA